GCCACUUUGUUAAAUACAUUUAUUAGAAAACAAGUUUAAAACAAACCGAUUGUAACAAAAUAGCUAAAGAUUCAUUAAUGAUUGAUACCACAAAACCCGUUUAGGGAAAUUACACACAAUAAUCCAGUUUUCACUCAAUUUGCAAUGGAGUCCUUGGACCAGCAACUUAAGGAGCUGUCCUUUUUAAACGACGAGCCUUCAUGUACCACUUCGUCUGCUUCCAUUGGACAUGUUAACGUUGCGGAGUUAGUUAACAAAAUACGUCAAAAGCAAAGAGAAACUUAUACGAAGAUGGACGGACCUCCCAAGCCAUCGAAGAACUAUAAUGAAUUGCCUCAGGUUCCAUCAAGUAAGCAGGUUUCUUGUUCGCGGGAACCGCUAUACUCAAAACCUCUAAUUGGAAUCGACAAAACAAUAAGUGGACCCAUGCCUUUCAGAAAAAUUAACAAUUCUGAUAGCGGAAAUGGCGAAAUUCCAAUUAACAGAAAAACUACAUUGGACAACCCGGCAAUACUAGAACAGCAAUUGGAAGCACUGGCUUACCACAAACUUCAAAUGGAAAAAAAAGGUCUUUUAGGAGGGCAAGUUAAACCCCCACAAUCUGCCAACAGUUUCGCGGAGCCUAUAUCAAACACGUAUAGCAAAAACUUAAUAUAUGGCAAUAUAAAUACAGAACAAAAAGAACUUGUGACAAAGGAGACAGAUAUUUCUGCAACUACCUACUCAAAUGUUCAUGAAGCUGCUUUGGGCCCGUCACAUAAGAUGCUGUCCGUCUGCACAAAUUUAUUAUUAGAGAACGAAGUAGAGGAUGAUGUGCCGCCACCGCCGAGCCCAGAGAGCGCAGUGAGCUCUUCAUAUAGCGAGCUUCGUCGAGCCUCCACUGCUUUUAACAAGCCAACAGGUUCUUCGCAAAAUAAACAGAAAUUAAAUCCUUCAUUACAAAUGUAUGCAAACCAAUAUGAGCUGCAACAUGGCGCUAUAAUGAAGAAUCUGCAGUCCAAAACGAAUCCAAACUUGUAUUGCUACGGUGGGCUAUCACAGAGUUCUUCUACUUAUGAUUCAAUAUAUGAGCCUAUAAACCCUCGUCCUUCUGGAGACAUGUUGCAUCGGGAAAGAUGUAACAUGUAUGGUUCAUACGUCAAUGAUAACAAUAUUUCAAGCAGUUCCUGUGACAUAAAUAUUUCGAAUUCAAUUGAAGCAAGCCAGUCGUUAUACACGAAUGAUAAUGGUCGAAGUAAAUGUUAUAUUGACAAUACUGUUCAUAAAAAUAAUGAAAAGGGACUCAGUAACUCAGUAGCCCCUGAUCCAAUACAAGAGUUUGAAAACUACGGUAGGUGCGUUAAAUGCAAUUCACGUGUACUUGGAGAGAGUAGUGGGUGCACAGCAAUGGAUCAAAUAUACCAUAUAUCAUGCUUUACUUGCACAGACUGCCAAAUAAACUUACAGGGAAAACCAUUUUAUGCAUUAGACGGCAAACCAUAUUGUGAAUAUGAUUAUUUACAAACACUGGAAAAAUGUUCGGUUUGCAUGAAGCCCAUUUUGGAGAGAAUUCUUAGAGCUACCGGAAAGCCAUACCAUCCGCAAUGUUUUACAUGUGUUGUCUGUGGAAUAAGCUUAGAUGGGUUAUUAUUUACAGUUGAUGCUACUAAUCAAAACUAUUGUAUUACAGAUUUUCAUAAAAAAUUUGCUCCCCGCUGUUGUGUCUGCAAACAACCAAUUAUGCCAGAUCCCGGCCAAGAAGAAACGGUCAGAGUGGUCGCCUUAGAUCGAAGCUUUCACCUCGAGUGCUAUAAGUGCGAGGACUGUGGGCUAUUACUGUCAUCUGAAGCUGAAGGCCGAGGAUGUUAUCCCCUAGAUGAUCACGUUCUAUGUAAGAGCUGCAAUGCCCAACGUGUUCAGGCUUUAACAAAGCGCAUGACAUAGGAUCAUUAAAUAGAGUUACCAUCGUACUAUAGUGUUGAUGAAAAUAUCGUUUUUUAUAUUUAAUAUUAUCCGAAAAGCAGUAGGCUACUAGAGUGGAAACUUCGUAAAGAUAAAAUUUGUAGAGUAUUGACCAAUGCAACCCAUGACUAAAUAAUUACCUAUUAUUAACCGCACAUCAAAUAAUCUGGACGUUCCAUUACCUGAUAAAUUGCAGAUUUGUUAAAAAUCCAAACGAAAAUUUCAGCAAUAGGGGGAAUGACGUUAAAUAAUUUAUUUUUAAUUUUCUAACUAAUGUUAUUCAUAGUCAAUGUUUCCGGAUCUUAUAACAUGUGCAAACUUAUAUUUCAUUUUUUGUCUAAACUUACAUUUCUACAAAAAAUGGUCAAAAAUAAACGAAAGAAAACUUGGUAGGAUUUUACAUGUCAACUACGACCCAAUUCUUGUAAACUUUAUAUUUCAUCAGAAAUUUAAAAAUAUACAGCAACAACGAAAACUUAUAAA